CAAGUAGCCUACGUGAUAUUAUUAGAUCUGCCCAUGCGAGUGCAGGUCACGAAAAGUGGCGCGAACACAGUGCGACACGAAAGUGUAAACAAAGCAACUUUACACUAUUUGUGUCAGCGAGGAGCCAAGAUGACUUCUCAGCAUAUCUAGGACUCAUGAAAAAAUGUUUAAUCUGCAAGAUAUGUUUUCUCAGUCGGAUAUUUUUGGCUGGGAAACAAAUAGGAGGAACGCUUAUAGACAGGUUUAACCUGACUAAAAUCAUCACAUAUCUCGUACUACUGUCAUUUAAAUCAUAUGCUACUCUUCGCCUAACGUUACUUGUUACCUGCCAAAAAGCUCAGCUCUUUGAAGACAGUUGUCAUGACCGCGAUACAACAUAUGUCCCCCGCAGUCGACGGCCUCUUUCUUUUCUGUCGGCUUAUAACUGGGACAAAGACUUUUCCCAAGUUUAGCCUGUCCCUUUAACAGCAGUGCAGCCCUAGCGGUGAUUAUCGGACUGUCCGAUUACCGGGAAACUCUGCGGCGAAGCGCUCGCUUUCAACCGGGAUCAUGGCGGCUCCGCUCGGGCGGGACACACUACCUGAGCACUGGUCCUACGGGGUGUGUGGGGAUGGCAGGGUCUUUUUCAUCAACGACAAAACUCGCGGCACUACUUGGCUCCAUCCCCGCACUGGUGAACCUGUCAACUCAGGACACAUGAUACGAUCAGAUCUACCACGGGGAUGGGAAGAGGGCUUCACCGAGGAAGGCGCCAGCUACUUUAUAAACCACAACCAGAGGACGACGACAUUCAAGCAUCCUGUGACGGGACAUAUCUCCUCCGAAAACACUGACUUCAUUUUACACGACCAGACAAAUUUACGCAUGUCCAAGCCGCCACCAGAGCUGAGGCCUCCCAGCAUGGUCAGCGAGUCCUCUGUAGCCGUCUCCUCAUCCCCUGUGGACCCCACCUCAGCAUCCAGGAGUUUGAAACCCAGUGGGAAGGUUCAUUGCUUUGGCAAGCGUGACCAUUCCAUCAAAAGGAACCCUAAUGUCCCAGUGGUGGUGAGAGGAUGGCUCUACAAGCAGGACAGCUCAGGCAUGAGACUGUGGAAGAGGAAAUGGUUUGUGUUGUCUGAUUACUGCCUGUUUUACUAUAAAGAUAGUCGAGAGGAGACGGUUCUGGGCAGCAUUCCUCUGCCCAGCUAUGUCAUUUCCCCCGUGGGACCCGAGGACCACAUUAGCCGCAAGUACGCCUUCAAGGCCUGCCACACGGGAAUGCGCUCCUACAUUUACAAUAAGAAUUCUCUGAUUGGCUCGCAGGCUGAGCACUGUGGCAUGAGGACCUACUUCUUCAGUGCAGACACACAAGAGGACAUGAAUGGCUGGAUCCGGGCCAUGAACCAGGCUGCACUGAUGCAGAGCCAUGUUGUGAAGAGAGAAGCUGAAAGAAGCUCCAAACCUGAGCAGCAAGCAGUCCCUCAGACCAACCAUUUCAGAAGCAGCGUUAAAAUCUCCUCCCAGGCUGAAGGCCUCCGAGAUGGGGAGGAGUGCUAUGUGUACAGCAAGGAAGCGUCGGAGGAUCCUGUUAAAAUCUCCUCCGGAGAGAUGGAGAUGGCAGGGAUUUCCCAAUCAGGUGCCCAUUCUCGCCCACCUUCUACGGUGCCCACUCACAGGAAUGGGCUGCCCUCCUCAGGCAUACCUCCUGAUGAGAACGGGAUCAUGGUGUAUAAGAGGGGUCUCGUCCCCCGUCCAAACACGGAGAAAAAGGUGCAAAGGAAAACUGCGCAGGCUCAGGUCGAGCACUGGGUGAAGGUGCAGAAAGAAGACCCCUCAAAAAGCCAUCCCACUGCUGAGUACAAACUUCCCAGACGGACACCACCUCUCCAGCCUAAGUCCGUCAUGAUGGAGACGUACCAGUCGUUGCCAAAGACCACUCGCCACCACUCUGGAGGCAGUUCCCCACCAGUGUCCCGUAACCUGCCUAGUGACUAUAAGUACGCCCACGACCGUCUUAGUCACUUUCGUAUGUCGUCUGAUGAGCGGUUGGCCACUAAAGAAGGCAUGGUGUGGCAGCUGUAUGAGUGGCAGCAGCGCCAACAGUUCCGCCAUGGAAGCCCCACUGCACCAAUCUACACCGGGCCUGACUACAUGGACACGUCUGCCUUCAGAGUUACUCUGGAAAUGCCACGAUCCAUAUCUGUGCCUCCAUCACCAUGUGACAUACCCCCACCCAGCCACCACUCCAAGUCCUUGUCCCCACGCAGGCCCCACACGCCCGCCGACAGGGUGACCGUAUGCCCACUGGAUGACUUCACCACCGUGGACACUCCCAGUUUGGGUUCUCCCAGAGGAAUAUGUUCCCAGAUCUCAAAGACCUCACAAAUAGAGAGGAGAUCCAUGCCAACAAUGGGGUACAUCACGCACACAGUCAGUGCACCAAGUCUGCAUGGAAAAACGCCGGAGGAGUUGACCCUGCUGCUCAUCCAGCUCAGGAGACACCGGGCCAAGAUGGCCAGCGUGCACUGCGACACAUUCACACACCUGCAGAACCAGCACAACGGCCUCUCAGGCCCCAGUUUGCAGGCAGAUGACACUUACAUCCAGCUGAAGAAGGACCUGGAGUAUCUAGACCUAAAGGUAACUGGACGUGACUCGCUUAAAGAUCGACCACCUCGGCCUGUUAAAAUAGCUGAAAGUGACAUAGAUGUAAAGCUUAGUAGGUUAUGCGAGCAAGACAAGAUCCUACAAGAACUGGAGGCCAGGAUACGCACACUCAAAGAAGAUAAGGACAAGCUUGAGUCAGUUCUGGAUGUUUCCCAUCAGCAGAUGGAGCAGUACCACGAUCAGCCCGCCCAUGCAGAGAAGAUCGCCUAUCAACAGAAGCUGUUACGGGAGGACGUGGUCCACAUCAGGGCGGACAUCUCACAAGUGUCCACGGAGAUGGAGAACGCUUGGGCAGAGUACAGCCAAUUAGAGAGAGAUGUGGACAGACUGCGUUCAGCCCUUCAAGACCAGAUGACCCACAUUGCUCUCUCUCAGCAGGAGAAAUGUCAGCUGAGGAAGGAGCUGUGGCGGAUCGAGGAUGUGCUUGCAGGCCUAAGCUCCAGCAAAACCAACUACAAAGUGACCAUUGACUCUUUUCGGAAUCCAGGUGAGAGCGGGCCCCUGCCUGCCAUCACCCCCAUGCACUGGAACACAGACCGAGAGAGAAAACUUGUGCCUUCAGCAUCAUUGUCCGCAGUGCCUUCUCUCACUGCAAGCCCAUCCAUGGGCGAACUGAAAGCUGCUCAACCCAGCCCCCAUCUCAGCCCAGUGCAGUCUACCCAGCAGCCCUUGCAGCUCUCACAUUCAGCCCACAAGCCAAAAUGGCCUGAAGAGGAUGCUCCACCCAGACCACCUCUCCCUAACCUCUACAGUCCAGAUGAACACCCCCCGGCAGUGCCCCCUUUCCCCAAAGAAACCUCUGUCAUCCGCCACACAUCAGUCCGGGGUCUUAAACGACAGUCUGAUGAGCGGAAGCGUGAUCGUGAGUUUGGGCAGUACUCUAAUGGAGAUCAUAAGGUUGAGAUACGAGCGUUCCUGAGUGAGCCUGAACUAUUGGCAGUUGGUGGACAAAUUGGGGGCUUGAGCCGUGAUAGUGGCUACCAAACUCUACCAAACAGAGUUCGACAUCUGUCAGGUUUGACAGGCUCAUCUUCAAGACUGAACCAGUCAUCAAACAUUUCUUCAUUUGUCACCCUCAGAAGAGGACUCACCACCACAAGCUUGAAGGAGAGACCAAAGAGUGCCUUGGAGCGGCUGUAUUCUGGGGAGCCUGUGCAGCAGCGCGGCCGCAUGAGCGCCGAAGAGCAGCUGGAGAGAAUGAAGCGUCACCAAAAGGCUCUCGUGCGGGAGCGCAAGAGAACACUCAGCCAGGGCGAGCGGCAGGCCUCCUCAUCUCGUGCCUCCUCCUCCUCCUCCACAUCCAGACCUGUGUCUGCAGACCUGAGAUCAUGGAGGAGAGAGCAGGACUUUGAUUUGCAGCUUCUGGAGCGGGCCGUGCAGGGUGAAGAGAGACCAGUCGAGCACAAAGAGAGACAGCGCUCUCACUCAGACGAAUGGCUCACCCUGAGCAGCACACCCAUGAGAGAACUGGAUCUGGAGCCUCUGGACUACCAGCUGGACCUCAGCAAAGAGCUUGCAAAGCCACAAAAGGUGGCCAUCCCUGAGCGUUACGUGGACCUGGAUCCAGAGGAGCCCCUUAGUCCUCAGGAAAUGGAGGCCAGACAUCGUAAAGUGGAACAAAUCAAGAGCAUCCUUGCUAAGUCUAGUGUCCAGAAUAUACCUCCUCCAGCAGCAGUAGACAAGCCGAUGCCGCCGGACAUAGACUCAGCUCUACAGGAGCAAGAGAGAAUCAUCACCAUGUCCCAUGCCUUAGCAUCAGAGGCCUCGCUCAAGAGCAAGCAAGUGGCAGACUCACCGCCGGUUAACAGUCCCACCUCACUCCCUCAACCUCCACCUCCUCCUCCUCCUCUCCCUCCCUCCUCCUCUACGCCUCAGUCUGCUCCCUCUCCCCUGAGCAAUGGAUUUCACUACACCUUUGUCUAAUCAGAGAAGAACUAAGUAAGAACUAACUGCAAACCGUUUAGCAUGCAAAUGCGCUUUUGCUAAUUGUUCCCUGUGUGUUUUGGCACCUUUUCCGAGGCAUGCUGCAUGAUUGUGCUUCAUCAGUGUUUGUGAUGUAGUAUGUAGUAACUUCAAGAGUAGUGGAGAUUGCCCCCCCCCCCACAUUCUAACAACUGCCUCCACAUCUGGAGAUGGAGAGGUGUGUGAAUUGUGUGCAAAUUAGCUUUUUAUGUGCCGAUAAGCCUUAAAAGCCACAAACAAAUGCUGUCUUUUGUGACUUGUUUGUAAUUAACAAAGACUCAGGGCAUCUCUAAGGCAGCACAUGCUGUUGUGUUGCCCAACACCGCUUGCUUGCCAUCUGUAAUCGGCAAAGAUCUUUGGUGUUUUGAUAUCUGUGACUUGUGGAAAUAAAGAUCGGAAUGGCAGUUAGAGUUUGUGUGGGGAAAAGAAAAACAGCCCUUGGUCUUUGGAAACGUUAUAUGUGUGUGCAUCUCUCCAAAGCAAUUUCUGUGCAGUUCAUGAAAGAGCAUGAUCUCCACCUGGAUUGUGUGUUCUGCUUCCCAGCAUAACUUAAAUCAGUGGAUUUCCUAUUUGACGCAUGCCAAUUAUGAACUAUUACAGUAUAUGAGGCACUGUUCACAAACACGCUACACUUUUGGGUCUAAGUCUUAAGUCUUAAAAGCACAAUUAUUUUGUUUGCCAUGAUGAUUAUUUUAUAAACCAUUAUCUAACUUUUUCUAAUUAGCGUAGCAUGUUAAAGUUAGCUAGUUUUACCUUCGAAGUCAGAUUUAUUAACAAUAUUUAGUUUGACUUGCUGAGGGGAAAAGAUCUUCUGCCAUGUUUUGUACUGUUCUCUGUUUGCGGACAGUGCCAUGCUUAUAUUAUAGUGUAUGAAAGAUUUGAGUCAGUGCAAAACAAUACACUUUAUGUUUAUUAGCCAGUCCAUUAAUUCACUGACUGCCUGAGCUGGCCGUGCUAUUCUGCUGUUUCAGCAGUGUUUGUAUGAAAGUGAGCUGCAUGCUGCGUCAUGCACGUGCAUGUGUUGAAGUGUGUUUAACUCAGCAUUUUCUUUAUGUAACAUGCUGCACAGAGAGAAGGAGGGUGGAGAGUGUUUACCUGUCUACUAUUUAGGUUUAAGGUAAUUCUUGGGUUAUAAAUAAAAUAGAAUUUAGAAAUUGCUAGUAAAUUUCACAAAUAAUUACAAAAAAGCAAGUAACAUUAAAUAAGGAAUUGUAUUUAAAAUACUUGUUUUAUUUACAGCUUUUUUAAAUAAAUCAUUUUUGCAGUGUAGGUACCUGCACCACAUGGGUUUUAAUUAACUUUUUUUUUCUGCUUUAGCACCGUAAAACAAAUUACAUUAGUACACUGUUAAGUGUGUGUGUGUGUGUUUUUCAGUGUAUUGUAUCGUUUUGUUUGUUUAGCUUUAUUUCUUCACAUUUCAC